AUACAAUUGGUUAUAAGCAGUAACUUGGUGUUGCCUAAUGAGUUCACUUUGGAUUGUGUUAUAAGAAUUUGUGCUAGACUUAGGAUUCUGUAUGCAGGGAAGGUUGUUCAUGGACUUUACAUUAAGGAUGGUUUUGAUUUUGAUAACUCAGUUAGUAGUGCACUUGCUGAGUUUUAUUGUGUUUGUGAUGCUGUAGACGACGCAAAGAGAGUUUAUGAGAACAUGGUAGGAGAAGCUUGUUCGAAUGUUGCUGACUCGCUGAUUGGUGGCCUUGUCUCGAUCGGGAGGAUCAAAGAAGCUGAGAUGAUCUUUUAUGGAUUGAGAGAUAAAACUCUCAUCUCUAAUAAUUUGAUGAUUAAAGGUUAUGCGAUGAGUGGUCGGAUUAGAAAAUCGAAAAAAUUAUUUGAGAAAAUGAGUCUCAAACAUUUAACCUCCUUAAAUACUAUGAUUACUGUGUAUUCCAAGAACGGUGAACUUGAUGAAGCUGUGAAGCUUUUUGACAAAACUAAGGGUGAGAGAAAUUGUGUAUCGUGGAAUUCAAUGAUGUCGGGUUACAUUCAUAAUGGUCAGCACAGUGAGGCAUUGAAAUUAUAUGUGACUAUGCGCAGAUAUUCAGUUGAGUAUAGAAGAUCAACAUUCUCUGUCCUAUCUGGUGGUUGUGCAUACCUCUGUUCUUUUCAACAAGGACAGUUGCUUCAUGCACACUUAGCCAAAACGCCAUACCAGGAAAAUGUUUACGUUGGAACUGCUCUUGUGGAUUUCUAUUCCAAAUGUGGUCAUUUGGCUGAUGCUCAAAGGUCAUUCACCAGCAUCUUUUCACCCAAUGUAGCAGCAGCAUGGACAGCUCUUAUAAAUGGUUAUGCAUACCAUGGAUGUGAUUGAGGCGAUUUCACGCUUCCGCUCAAUGUUAGAUUAGAUCAACACGUUGUUCCAAAUGCUGCUACUUUUGUAGCUGUUCUUUCUGCCUGUAGCUAG